AUGGCGCACCUAAACGUCAAGCCGGACCCGGCCUACCUCAAAUAUGCGGCUAUGAUGAAGUCGCGCCAUCACUACUUCCGAUGGACGCCUCGAACCGCCAAGAUCACCUUCAUCUACGUUGGUGUGAUCCCCGCCAUCAUGGGCUACAUUGCCUACAAGACCGACGGACUUUGGGACUUCAGGGCGAAGCGAAAGGGCGACCUCGUCUACGAGAAAUAA